AUGGGCAUCAACCAAAGCAUCCCGCCACACCGCAUCGAGCCGCCCCGCUUUCGAAUAGGGCCGCCGGGCAAGCCGAUGCCGAGGGGCAACCAGUACUGCAGCAUGCGGCCCCUCUUCUGGCGCCUUGCGAACAGUAACGUUUUGGUCAGACUGGAGACCGACGUGGCCCUGUGCUUCGGCGACGUUUCGUCGACGGUGUGCCCGUGGGUGAUGACGAUGGCCAUCGCCACGACGCUAGUGAUGAUGAAGAUGAGGAAGAUGAUGAACCGCAGACCCGCGGUCGGCACCACCCGACACAGGUGA